AUGAGAGAGAGGUUUUAUCCAUCGCACGUCCGAGCCGCCAUGUACGAGGAAUUCUUGCACCUUCAGCAGGGGUCGUCAUCUGUGGUGGAGUACCACAAGCCCUUCUUGGAGCUUGUGCAUUUUGCUAGGAUGCUGAUUCCUACCGAGCUAGCAAAGGUGGAGAAGUUUGUGGCAGGGCUCAACUAUGAAGCCCGGAAAGCGUUAACUGUAAGCAAGCCUAGAACUCUGAAGGAAGCUUAUCUGAGCGCGACCGAUCUGUAUCGAGUGCAACAGCUGCAGCGAGGGUCUUUUGAGUUCGCCAAGAAGAGAAAUGAAGGAAGUGGGUCCCACAGUUUCAAGAAGUCGAGACAAGACUUCCGAGCCAGACCCGCACCCUCUUCACCUCAAGGAUCAGCUCGGGCCGAGAGUGGAGCUCAAGAGAGGACUUUUGCAUGCAAGAGAUGUGGGAAGGACCAUGUAGGGAAGGAUUACCAAGGACAUGCACUUUGA